UUGGGGUCUUACAUUUUGUUGCUGGAGCUUUGACGUUGAAAAACUCGUCCUUUUCGUGAGUUAAUCGGAAAUUAAGCAGGAAAAAUGCCACCCAAAAAGGCAGUCGCCGAUGUCCAGAUAGCGAAUGGAAAAGGAAAUUGCGUCCUCUGCGCAGUCGCAGCGGAAAGGAUCUGCCAGCGCUGCGGGGAUUUCUACUGCUCCAAGGACUGUCAGCUCAAGGAUUGGCCACGUCAUCGCUACAUCUGCUUCCCGCUGCCCGCUUUGGUUUAUCCCAAGUCUUUUUCGGUCUACCAGAGCACCGAUGAAUUGUCUUUGGAGGGGGCAUGUUCGCUUAACCCUGAUAAAACCUGGGUUGAGUCAUCUCCUGCCCCCAUUUCGAGCCUCCUUCCGGAUCUGGACCGCAAUAAGAUUUGCAAUACCGGCAAUAUUGCACCCAUAAACAAAGUUCCGAUUCUUCCCUCUCCAUCCACCCCUAUCAUCCCCAAUAACAGCGGCUACAAACCAAAAAACAAACUAGUUACCCCACCAAAUACGAUCAUGCCUCCCAGCAAUAGUCUGGUAUACAUCAUGGGAUUUAAAUCCGCGAAUCGUUGCUUUAUUCGCGAUGCCAGCGAAUCAGCUGCCAGGGCAUUUGCCCAAGUGUGCGAGAAGGUUAAUACCAUGGGAAAUGAGAUGCCCCGAAUGGUAAAACCACGUCCUUUUGGAUUUUGCCUGGCUCUUCAUAACGGGACGUUCCACCGGGCCAAGGUGAUUAACGUCUUUGGUAAUCAUUCCGCCCGUCUAUUUCUUCUGGAUCAAGGAGUCGUAAAGUCAAGAACCAUUUCGGAAUUGCGGGAGAUCAAUGAGGAGUUGUUUUCACUGCCCUGCUACAGUCUUCUGGUUCAACUCAAGGAUGUUCCCAACUAUGCGGUUGGCGACGAGGUCUUUGCAUUCACCUCGCAAUUCGCGGGCGAGAUUUACUCGGCAAUCCGUGAAAAAACUCCUGGAUGCGUCCAAGUAGAACUAUUGCACACGAAGACAAAGAUUUCGGUGAAUGCUAAAAUACGUGAAUUCUUUGCCAAAAAAGAGGUUUCUGAAAACCAAAAAAACGUUACACCUAUUGUGCGAAAUCCCCCAAUUGGUCAGCAAUCUACCAAAAAUAAUCAGAUUAUAGCAAAUCCUGUAGUCAAAAAUUCUCAGGCUGAGUCUCAAACACCAGAAAUAGUGGCCCAGGAAUUAAUAAAAAAGCUAGAGGCUGAAGUCAUGAACCCUGGAGAUGAUUUGUCUUUCCCAGACAAAAAUAAAGAGAAAACAAAUCAGAAAAGUCCUACGACUGGACAAGAAUCACUUAAAGGUAAUGCUGAAAUCACUAAUAAUGAUCCAGCAAAAGUAGAGUCAGGAUUAAACAAGAUUCAGGCUGAAGUAACCGGAAAGAACGAUCAAAUUCAAGGAGCUGUCGUUGCAACUGCCGAGGAGACCUUUAAGAAAGAUGAUCAAAGUGAUAUUUUCGGACAAUUCUUCCGCUCCUAUGCUAAUAACAUGGGGAUGAGUGAGCAGGAUAUUACGAAAAUGAAUCCAAGAGAAAUAUUCAGUGAAUUUCUUCGAUCCCACGCAAACAUUAAGGAUACAAAAGAUACGCCUGCUGCCGAGCCAUUAAAACCUGUAGAUCUGGAAUCAAAAAACACUGAACCAAAAACUAAAGAUAGCAUUUCCAAAGAUUUCCUAGAAGCCGCAACAAAAGAUGAAACUAACGGACUUGAAAUUGCUUUAGUAGAUGAAGAGGCAUCCAAAGUUGAAAAACCAACAACCGCUGAUCAGGAGAUUAAAUCUGCAACCGAAACUUUAUCAAAACCUACAGAUGAAGAAGUAAAACAAUUUUUAACGCAAUGCUUACCCUUAAAAACAAUUCCAGUUCCAUAUGAAAAACAAACAGCCGCUGAUAACGUGAUCAAAAAUACUCCUGAACCUUUAUCAAAAUCCAAAGAUGAAGAAGUUAAAGAUAUUUCCUUAAAAGGUAUGAAACCUUCGACACUUAAUCCAUGUCCAAAUACGAAAAGUGAUCCUUUAGUUCCAUUGGAAUUACCAAAACUCAAAGAAAAAUUGGAUUCACUACCUAUCGCUAAGACAAAUUCCCAAACAAAUGGGAUUGGAAUGGCCAAGUAUGAACCUUUGCUAAAUCCUCCUUUUGAGUUACGCCGUUUCUCCAUUGACAAUAAGGAAGGCAUUAAUGUAUUUGUUGUGGACAGUUCGAAAAAGGAUCGCGGUAUUUUUGGCGCAUUCGACAGCACCUACGCCACUGAAUUUUCCACCUUGCACAGUCGUUUGUCGGAAAUAACUGAUUCGGAACCUUAUAAGCCAGUAGUUAAGGAAUAUGUGCUCGCCCGUUUUGAGGGUUCGUGGUAUCGUGGCCGAGUGGAGCAGAUCAUUAAUAAUCCGCAUCAGCAAACUAUGUACCGAGUGAUGUACGUGGAUUACACCAAUGUGGAGGACAUAACUAUAAUGGAUAUUCGCCGGUAUCCUUUGGACUUCACCAGUCCUUGUACCACAAAUCUUUGUGUGAUUGAUGAGUUUCCACACAAACCAAAUGCUGCACAGAUUGCCUUUUUAUCGGACGCCCUGAAGGUCCACAAACUUGUACAUGUUGACAGCGUCAACUAUCUGAACAAUAUCGCCAUUAUUAAGUCGCGAUCCCUGAUUCAGAAACUGAUGAGCUUGUAAUCGGAAUUGAACCGCAUUUAAUGCUUUCACAAUAUACAAUAAUU